UUCAGUGCGAAUCAGCGAGCCGCAACUGUUGAGUUCUCUUUCAUUUAGAGGGGGGGCCGCCCCCUCCAACUGCAUCAACAUGGUUUUAUUGAAUUGUCGUGAUUUGCUCAACGGAACUACGCCAGAUGCUUCAGGAAUGGAUCGUUGAAGCCGCAUUUAAAAAAAAGAAAGUAAUGGAAUGAGUUUCUCUACGGAGUCGCACUUUGAGGAGAGGCUGAACAAGUGGAAUGAACGCGGGACGACAUCAUAGUGCAUCAUAAUGUGUUGACAAAGAAGAGAAGCCUGAACUUUGGAUACCCGACUGCUCUGCUGCCUCCAUCUGCGGGUGGUAGAGAGUAUCACUUAAAGCCCGACAACCCGAUGAAACAUUGCCUACAUUGGAGGACACAAACAACUGGAAGGAGCCUUAAGAAGGUGGCUGAGACUUGAGAGAUUGGCAGAACCUAUUAGGAACCAGCGUGUAAAAUUACAUCUAGAUGCGUCCACCUCCGAGAAUGAGGAUCAAAUACACCAUACCCAUCGUCUUCUUUGUGGCACUUGUUAUCAUUGAGAAGGAAAACAGGAUCAUCUCGAGGGUGUCAGAUAAGCUAAACAUAAAGCAGACCCCCCAAACUCCUCUACAGCCUGGUGUUCUCUCACACUUGGUGCUGAAACAGAAUGUUUCCCUCUCCACACUCAGCAAAAGUUUCAAGGUGAUGAAACGGCGCCUGGAAAACUACAGUGAACACCAAGAGGUGGUAAAAAGGGGAAAGAAACAUGUUCUCUUGUUGGCGACCACCAGGACUGGAUCCUCAUUUGUAGGCGAGUUUUUCAACCAGCAAGGUGACAACAUGUUCUACCUGUUUGAGCCUCUGUGGCAUGUGGAGAAGAUGUUGACUCUGGACACUGGAGGCACCAAUGCUACCGCGUCCGCCAAGGCGUACCGUGACGUGCUUCAGCAACUUCUCUUGUGCGACUUCUCCCUGCUGGAAAGCUUCAUUGACCCACUCCCGGUGAACCACAUAACCACUGGCCUCUUCCGCAGGGAGUCCAGCAGCUCUCUAUGUGAGGAGUCGGUCUGCAGCCCUGUCAUCAAAGGCGUUUUUGAGCGCUAUCGCUGCAAGACGAGACGCUGUGGGCCCCUGAACCUGACCAUGGCGUCAGAGUCUUGCCUUAAGAAGGAUCACAAGGUCAUCAAGUCUGUAAGGGUGCGCCAGCUUGAGAAUCUCCGUCCACUUGCUGAGGAUCCACGUCUCAACAUCAGAUUCAUCCAGCUGGUUCGGGAUCCUCGGGCCGUGCUGGCCUCGCGCAUGGUUGCGUUUGCUGCCAAGUACAAGAACUGGAAAGAGUGGGCCUUGGGUGGGGACGGGCCCCUCGACGAGGAUGAAGUAAGGAAACUGAAAGGCAACUGUGACAACAUUCGUCUGUCAGCGGAAGUCGGCCUCAGGCAGCCCCCGUGGCUGCGCAAUCGGUACAUGCUGGUGCGAUAUGAGGACAUCGCUCGCUUUCCCAUGAGGAAGGCAACGGAGAUGUUCAGGUUUUCUGGGAUUCCUCUCACUGCAAAAGUGAAAGCAUGGAUCCUGAAGAACACUCAGGUUUCUAAAGAGACCAGUGGGGUUUACUCUACCCAGAAGAACUCCUCUGAGCAAGUGGAGAAAUGGAGGUUCAGUCUUCCAUUCAAGAUAGCUCAGGUUGUGCAGAGAGCUUGUGGGCCGACAUUGAAGCUGUUUGGAUACAAGUUUGUAAGCAGCGAAAAGAUGCUUACUGACAAAUCAAUAAGCCUGAUUGAAGAUAAAGUCUUCAGGGUUUAAUACAAUAAAAAAAGGAUAGUUUUUACUUAAUUAUUUUGAAGUGAGGCUCGGUUAAGUAGCUAUAGUUCCCUUAGCUGUAGUAAACAUCCCAGUAAAUUUGUUGGAAGAGGCAAGGGUAGCAGCCAUUUAAACGCACAAUGGUUAAGCUGAUUUUAGCAGUAUUAAAAUCUCUAACGGAAAAUGUUUUGAUCUGUGGGAUGCAAUGGCAUAUUAGCGGAUAUUAACCAUUCACGUUUAUGUGUAUUUUAAGUCAUGUAUUGUAUAAGGUUGGAGUUGUAGUCUUUGCUUUUGUGUUUCUUUUAGUCAACAUUAGUUGCUUCUUUUAUGGUAAUCUGGCGCCAUUUCACGUUUGGUUCUCUUCACUUCCUGAUUUCUUGUUGUUCCUGUUUAUGGGUUUUAUUGUCAAAUUUUGGUUUGGUAAUUUAAGUAAUUCUCAUGCGUUUGUCCAGUUUCCUGGCUUCUGCAUGUUAGCCUCUGCUCAGUCAUUCCCUUUUCAUAUGUUUCCCUCAGUUGUAUCAGCCCUCAGGUGUAACUCAGCUGUUUCCAUGAAAUUAAUUAGUCUCACCUAUUUAUGCACCCAGUAGUCACUCUCCCCUGUAUAUAUUCUUCUCUGCAUCCCACUUUCAUUGCAAGUGUUGGCUGUUGUCUCCUCCUCAUGCAUUGGGUUUCCUUGUUUGUUUCUGUUCACCACCUUUUGGAUUUUUAUCUCUUCUCUGGACUUUGUUGGAGUUAUUCUUGGUGACAAAAUUCCUUUAAGUACAUAGAAGCUGUCUAUUUGUCUGUAUUGCAGCUGUUUUUAUAACCCAACAACUUCUCUCUUACUGCACUAAAGUUUCGCUGGCAGAGGCCGUAUAACACCACACAGUUAGCUGAUAAAAAAUCUGCCAACAUAAUUCUCAAAUGAGACCUACAACUAAAGGCAUUGUAGUUCUUUUAAUGCAAACAACAUCAACCAGCGUCAUGUUGGAGUAACACUGAAGUUGUUUGGAAAUGAAAACAUUAAAAAACUUGGGGAAUAUGUUUCCCGUGGAAGCACAGACGGUUGAUAUGCACUAAACCCAUUGUGUCCCACAGUUCUUUCAAAUUGCCAAGAUAAACUAAAACUGGUAAAUCCAUAUAGAAACCUACUUAGAUUAGUUAUAGGAACAAAAAGUAAAAAUGACCCCCAGUGGUUAAAAAUGGGACAGCACAUUCACACAGUGCCUUUCACAGAGACUAGCCAUUUACUCAACAGUCCGUUGAUGCUGUGAAACCUCAAUAAAUUUAUACUUACACAGAAUAGGUAUAUGCUGUUGUAUUCUGUUCUAUAUCUGCUCCCCUCCUCUUACAGGUUUCCAUGUUUGCAGGCUGGUACUCUUUUGCCAAAAUAAAAUACCAAAUGCUGCGUUCUGCUAUGGGAACCCUGGGAACUCUCAAAUGAUUGGUUCAUUAACCAGGAUGUAAACAUGGGCUACACACUGCACCGAAGUAGUUCCGGACCGUACCUCUAGGUUUGAAAGAAGAAAAAUGUGACUAAGACAUUGUUGAUGUAGAGGACAGACUGUUUAUAAAGAACAUUACUUCCAUCCCAGGUGACAAAUGAGAAUUAUUUAGGUUGAUUUUCUAAUUAGUGUCUUACUUAUUGCUCCUUUAAAGUAUAACUCACCCUGAUUUAAAGGCAUAACUCGCCUCAAGACACAUUUUGAAAAAUGGGCUCCAAAAACACAGAUGAGCUGUGAGCGUUUUAAGCAGAGCUCGCUGCUGCUGCGGCCAUGACGAGGGAAAGUGACUUGUUGAAACAUGGAGCGACCCUAACGUAGGGCUAUGGUGAUGAAAGCCUGUACCGUUUGAACCAAUUGAAAAAUUCAAAUGCAAUAGCCACUGUUGAACCCUUAGAAGGUAGCACGAAGACAAUGACAAAUAUUGCAGAACCUAACAAGUUCACAUAAAAAUGUAAAAAAAUUGCACAGUAACAUCAAAGUAGCAGCCUUAUGCCCAUCCUUGGGGUGAGUCACACUUUAAUAUAAUUUUCUGCUCACUGAGGUAGCAUAUAACUGAUGGAGAUAUGACAUCUCUUUACAGGUAAGGGAACUUUGGCUUGUAUUUAUUUUAAAACCUUAUUUUUAUGUGCUUAUUUUUUUAAUCUAUUUAUUUUUUUUAUUUUUCCAAUUUGCUGAUAACUUGGCAGAACCGCACUUCAAAAAAUCGCCAAUAUUCCUUUGAAAUUUAUUUGCAUUGAUUUUAUUUAUUGUGAUCAGUCAUUAUACAACCGAGUUUGUGUUUUUAUGUUGUUUUUUUAAUGUAACACAGUUUGACGUCAAUUAACAAUUUUAAAACUAUUAAAGCAUGGGCAUUUUUAUUUAUAACUUUGUUCACAGUCAAAGCUCAGUGAAAUAGAGUUUCGUUUUUGCACUCCAACCUGUUGUGUCCAUGCAAUGCAAACUGUGCUGCAACCCUUUUUUUUUUCUGAAACUCCAAAUGAGAUAGUUGUGGCUUUGUGGACAACAAUGAGCUGUUUAACUAAAACACGUCCAGAAACCUCUGUUGGUAUUUCUUUGUUAAGUUGUUUCUGCAAGAGGAACAAUAAUUAUGAUUACACCAAAGAGUCACAAAGAUGGAACUGCUUUGAAUAACAAUGGUCUUGUUUGAAAGAGUAAAUACCAGUGUCUUGCCAUGCAGUAGUUUAUCAUUUAACUAUAGGGAAGACGGUCUCAUACAAAUGUUUUCAUAUAUUCCUUUUUCCAAACUGUCAGAAUGUGCUGUUCCUGUACCUAUGCAGAAGUUAUUUUACGAGUCUGUGUUUUACUGUUUUUAAGGUUACAUUUGCUUUGUUGCCAGCUGUUUGAAAUAUUCUGUAGGUGUAAAGGAUCACCUGAAACAGAUGUCACCACUCUACUGUAAGCUAACAUUCCAACUGCAGCUGGUUUGCAGGAUUGUGCAAGGUUUGUUGACAGGCCUCUGUCUGUUGACACAAGACUCUUGGCAGGUGAUGAUAAGAAGCCACAAUAUCCUGAUCUCUAUUUAUGUUCUGAUGUUUGCCCUUUGUCUGUUGCAAUAAAUCAGCUUUUUAAAUUAAGUGUAAAUUUUAUUUUUGUAAAAUAUAAAAAAGAAGCUAGAUCUGAUCUCCGAUCUACGGGCCUGACAACAAGUAAGCGCGGAUGUUUUUCUUCGACGCUUGCAGCUCCCAUUAACACGUGGAGGUAGUAUUGAAUGAGAAAAGCUGAGAUUUGCCUAUGCGUGUUGCGUUAGUACAGAAGGCUACUACCUUUAAUUAAGUUUUCGACCGAUGAUUAGCUCAGCAAAGAACCAAAUGCCAUCACGACAACCUGUGUAUGACUCUUCCCGUCCCUCGGAUUAUUCACCGUCUAACUGCCUGAUACCGCUGCAGUGUGUGUAAGCCAGCGUUCUUCACUGCCAAGCUGCUACCGGCUUAUUCCUGCAGAGGGUCCUUGACUGUCACCAGUUUUCUUGUUUUAAUAAACCUUUUAAAACACA